ACAACUGACCAUAUUAGGGUACUAGCUCAGACGUGUAUGGAAAGGAAACAGUAGAUCAACUUGCUAAACAGUCGUUGACUGUGUCAACAAUAACAUGCUCCGCCCGGUGGCAAUUUGCCGUUAAACGAACAUACAAUACAUAAAGUUCAGGUACCGCCAUCUUCUGGUUGAUGUGGAAGUUGUGUUGCUGCUGUGUGAUCUCAUAGUUGUCGCUGUGCAGUGGAGGCGUUUUAUUUUCUGUGUGCAACCAACCGCAAGAAAUGGAUGUGUUUCUAAUGAUACGACGUCACAAGACAACCAUCUUCACAGAUGCCAAAGAGUCUACCACAGUCUAUGAACUGAAGCGCAUUGUUGAAGGCAUUUUAAAGAGACCACCUGAAGAUCAGAGACUUUACAAGGAUGAUGUGAUGCUUAAUGACGGUCAAACUCUCGGAAAUUGUGGCUUUACAAAUCAAACAGCCCGACCUCAGGCCCCAGCCACAGUGGGAUUAGCCUUCCGCUUGGGGGAUGAUUCAUUUGAGCAGCUGAGGGUCGAGCCUUUCUCCACUCCCCCAGAGCUCCCUGACGUCAUGAAGCCCCAGGACUCGGGCAGCACAGCCAACGAGCAGGCUGUACAGUGAGGGAGGGGGCAGGGAAACGAGAGGGACGCACAGCGGGUCAGAGGGAGGA